UUGCUGGUGGGCAGAAAUCACCAUUUCCAGUCAAGUAUAUCACACCUUAUCAAAUUUUAAUUCACUCCUUGUUCGGAAUGCGUGUGAAUCAAUAUUUACCUACCUGAAACAAUUUGUAAAUUUACUGAUUUGACCGUACCGCUGGCCUUUUACGGACUACGAAAACUGAGCUGCGCAGACCAACAACAUUAGAACACCGGACCCCAGACUGACCGCCAGACGGUUGCUCGUCUAGCUCCGGCGGCGGCGCCCUCCGAAAAACAAACGAUGCAGAGAACCAUCUGCAAUCAUGCUCGAUUUACUGGCGGUGGCUAUACGCACAUAUGUAGGAGUCACUGACCGAACAGGCAGGGGUGCAGUAUGAUAGCCCUGGUAGCCGGAAUAAACAUGCUUUCGAAUAGGUUUUGGAAUUGCUAUCUAUAAAAGCUUCGAUCAAUAACCGGAAUUUUAUCAUUCGGUGGUCAAAGUUCCUACAGUAAUCAUCUAGGUUGAUAAGGCGAUAAAAUGUUUAAGAUCGCUGCAGUACUGAUUAUGGUGGCAAUAGUUGCCAUCCAUGCAGCACCUCAAGGACGAAGGAAUGAACUUCUAAGAACUGAUGUCGGAGGGUUCGACCGUGCAGGUGAUGUGUGGCAGUACGAGGAUAUACCUAGUGAAAACCAGCUGGAAAAUGGGCAAAGAGGAAUCCGAAGCUCCUUUUGGCAAUACGAAAUUUCACAUACUCAGAACAAACAGAAGGGAGCACGAGCAGGAAACGGAGCAAAUCGAGAGGAGCAAAAUAGUCAAGAGAAAGCGCGAUCAGAGGAGCAGAAUGACAACAACGAACAACGAGAAAUCGAAGAGGCACAGGAAAAUGAGCAAGGGCAAGAAAAUGAACAGGGCACUGUCGAUCAGGAGCAACUAGAUGUUCGACAAGAUCGUACACGAAAUGAGGGUCGAGGCCGACAGGGGAAUGAACGUGGAUCAAACGAGCGCAAUGGUCGGCGUGGGAGAGUCGAACAGCAACGUAGUAGGAAUCGUCAAGAAAGUCGGCAAGGUCGCCGACAAGAGGAAUCUCAAGAGUCAGCGCAACAAUCUAGUGAUGAAACUGAACAGACCAAUGAGCCGGAGGAUCAGAUUCAAGUAGAGCAAGAAGGCCGGGAAGAAAUUGAUCAAGCAAAUAGUCAGGGGGAUAGCCGGGAGAGCACGGAAUCGAAGGGAAUCGCUGAUUACGAAUAUGCUUACGGAGUCAAUGAUCCGGCAACUGGGGACCAUAAGGAUCAGUGGGAAAAACGCGUUGGAGAUCACGUAGAAGGAGGAUACAUUUUGGAUCAACCAGAUGGUAAGAGACGAGUAGUGAAAUAUGAAAGCGGUAAAAAGGGCUUUGAGACGAACAUUAUGCAAAUUGAGCGGAAAAAGGGAAGUAAACCAACAAAGGGAGCGAAAAAGCAAAAAUCGGUAGCUCAUAGCUACGCGACUGUAAAACAGAACAAUUAGCUACUCAAUACAACGUUUUGUAAACAUGGAACAUGUGAUAUAGGUUAAGAUUUCUGUAACUACUAUGUUUAUUGUACAAAUCUAAAUCAAUAAAGGUAAAAUGU